AUGUCUAGCAUUCUAGCCGACAGUGAUUCAGUAGCUCGGCAAAGCAUGUCCUACGAGACCGGUUCUGACGAUCCCGUUUCUGGAACUACCACAGUUCACGCGAGGAUCUCCUUACCAGUCGAGGACUUGCUGCAGCAACUCACUCGUCCAUCUGGUUCGUCAAGCGAAUAUGAUGAUGAUGAUAGAAAGACCAUCUACUUCCCGAGGGGCUACGACGGUGAUCCGAAGACCACUGUUAGCACUGCGAGAAUGCCGAUGAAAGCCCGCGCGAGUAGUCUCGUUCGCAUCAAGCACAACCCGGUAUCUGGCACCUAUGAAGUAGAGCUCAAUAUUGACAUCGACUUACCCACGGUCGACGUCAGCUGCCAACUUCUUGAUAAUGUUCCCAUGUCUAAUAUAAGGGAGUUGGGCAAUAGCACUCCGACAGUGUGGGGAGCCUACAAGGCCUCCAACAAGUGGCACAAGAACAAGCAUCACGCCCAGUACUUCCUCCUGUCGGGCCGCGGGAAGCAGUUAGCCUUUGAACCAUCUAACAUUGAUGCCGCAUUUAGCAGCGGAAGUCUCAAUGCCAAUGCCCCAGAGUUUAAGCCUGAUAUACGCCAUUUCUCGCCACCUGGACUGAGGUGCCACGAAGAUGUUCGUUAUGGAGAGCCUUCCCAGUUGGAGGAA